AUGCCGCGGGCGCCACGGUCGGUACAAUCACGACCCGAUCACAGCAGCGAGAGGAGGAGACGAGCAGCCGAGGGAAGAGGACAGACUUCAGAAUGCCUCAUGUUUGCAUUUGGGGAUUUGUGGCCGUGGCGCUCUGAGAUGGAGGGCAGGGUUCAGGAUCGUGGGGUAACGACUGAUUUGAGCUCGUUCCAACGAAGCUUCAGCUGGAAGUGUAGCACACGCCGCUUCUCGGACAUUACCGUGUUAUUCUACGACAAGCACUAA